AUGUUCAGAAAAAAGAAGGAUCCUCGGGUGACUGCUUUGCUUGAGUCUGCGGAUGAAACGUUACUAGAUGGCGACGACGAGGCCAGACAGGAGGUGAGAAGGGAGAUUCAAAGAUUGAAUGAUCUGUCAGGGGAGCAUUCAAGAGCAUCUGACGCUGCGAGUAUAUCUUCGCGCACGGGGAAAUCGAAGCAAGUCGCCCUUAGACCAAAGGAUUCGGACACGCUAAAUCUGGCUCAUAAGAUUGAUGACCUCGUGGAGCAAAGCAAGCCGAAGCAACGAGAGCAACCGAAUUCGACGCGUCCAGUCCCUUCUUCGCGCAAUUCUCCCAGGGCAUCAGCGCAAUACUCUUCUCAGGGACAGCCCGCUCAGCCGGUAUCAGCACAACGUUCUCCUCAGGGACAGCCCGCUCAACCGGUAUCAGCACAACGUUCCCCUCAAGGGCGACCUGCACAGCCGAUAUCAGCACAAAACUCUCCUCAGGGACGACUCGUUCAACCAGCAUCGACACAAAACUCUCCUCAGGGACGGCCUGCACAGCCGAUAUCAGCUCAAAAUUCUCCUCAGGGACGGUCCGUUCAACCAGCAUCGGCACAACGGUCCCCACAGCGGGUGUCAGUGCCGCGAUCUCCUCAGGGACAAUCCGUUCGGCCAGUCUCAGGGGGAAUACCCCUUGAUUGGUCUCCCGAACAGAAUGUACCUAGGUCGCAAUAUUAUGCCCCAACGAACCAUCCGCUGCGGCUAACGUCGUCGCCACAGCGGCCAACCACAUCGCCACAGCAGCAGCAGGGUGAAGAGGAGAGCGAGGAAGAGGAGGGCGAGCCGAUGAACGUUCAUCAGCAAGAGCACCUCAAACGGAUGCUACAAGAAGCUGGCUUGUGGCCGCCCGCCCGCCUUGAAGAAGCCCUUGCUUCACAGACGUCGGCAUUCGUACCAGAGACCAGCUCAGGGAACAGCAUUUCAACUUUUAACCAGGUUCAAAACCAGGGCGAUGUUGUGGAAUCAGCAAAAGACAGCCUUGAUGCGGAUGCAGAGGCAGCUGGCGAUACCGAAAACGCAGCUACAAAGAGAUCACCUCUUGCAACGAUGAAGAAAUGGUUUCAGAAUGCCGCUCAGAAUAAGAGAAAACAAGAAUGA